CGGAGGUGCACGUCGCGUCGCUCUAGCUUGCCACCUCGACGUCGCCGACUCCGCACAGCUCUAGAGCUCCCCUGCCCCCCGCCGGGCGACCUCCGCAUGGCGACAGAGGGGAACGCGGAAAGUCACCACAGUAUACAGUGAAUGGACAUCGUGAUUGUCGAAAAUUAACGUUUCACGAAAACUAGAGUUGUGUGAGAUUAUUGUGUGUAUUAUUCUGUGUUGUGUGUGAAUUAGAUCAAACAAUGGUAUGGUUCGGUGUGAGUGUUAGUGCCAAAGUGUAGUGCCAAUAUGGGUUGCACCCCAAGCAUGUUGCUUGACCACAAGAGUCGUCGUCGAGACAGCACGGGGUCCCAAGAGGCGGCCCUGGCUAAGGUCGCUCCGACCCCAGUCUGCAACAAGGCUGUCCAGGCUGCCAAGGCCCCCAGAGCCUCUCUGGAGUCAGACGGCUUCAGCAUCCAACUAUCCAGCAAGAAGGACAGCUAUGUGUCGCAAAUGGGCAACAAUUUUGCGACUCAACUCCAUAUCAAAAGGAUAUCUGGCAGUUCGAGCGGGUCGCCGGGGGCUCGCGCCGGCCGACGCUCCUCGCUGGCGCUCACGCCGGAGGACGAGCCCCUAGUCGAUGUCGCCAACAGGUCGCCGCCGCCCGCCAACAUUCCCAAUGCCAUGCUCUACUCGCCGCCGGAACCCUUAGAGUUACUAUGCGUGUUCCCGGAGCGAGCAUCGCGCGUUUGCGCGGCAGCAUGCGCGGCGGUCGCGCGAGCAGGCGGCGAGGCGCGCUCAGUGCGAAGCGCGCGCGACACGCUCGAAGCGUUACGACGCGAUUCCGACACCAAACAGCCGCACGUUAUCGUCGUAGACGCGCGACAACCUCAGACGCUAGACGCGCUUCUACUCGCCAGAGCUGUACGCGGAACCAAGAAUACGCAGCAUAUAAUACUAAUCGCUGUUGUCAAGAAAAGUGUUUACCUGAAAGAUGACUUCGCGGUACUCCCGUACUUGGAUGCUGGUUAUAAUCGAAUAAUGGUGGAGACUCUAAGCGCUACAGCGUGGUGCGCUGAAGUCCUGCAGUCGCGAGCUGCAGGAUCCGCAGCUCGAGCUCAGAUCGCAGCCGUGGCCGCGCUCGCCGCCGCAGCCGACCGCUGCCGAGAUCUCAUUGCCGUCACUGAUGAACAGCAGAAGAUACUUCUGGCGAAUAAGUCCUGGUCUAAAGUCCUGGGAUGGCGCGUGGAGGAAGGUCCGAAGCAGCUAUCUGACACUGCUGGGGGCGAAGCCAUAAGGCUGGCUACCAGUGGAGCUCGUGACUGGGAGGCUCCCGUCACACUGCGCCGCCGCACCGCUCCAGAUCCUGUCCUGGUACCCUGCCGAGGUGCUGCUAUUGGGCUCACCAAGAGCACUUCCCACGUGGUGUUCGUGUGUGAGCCGAUCCACGCGUUGGAAACCGAGCGCGGCAGAGGAUCCUUGCACUCCAUCCGGCGAGGAUCCCUCGAUGUUCGCUCCGUCGCAUCCGAUGGCCUGCGGAGAACUUCUCUUGCUAAGCUCCAAGGCUUGCCGCUUGAAGCUCCCAUUACGAAGGUGAUAUCGCUCUUGUCUACGGCCACUGAGGGUGCUCCUCCAUCGACGGUGGCGUAUAUCGAGAGGGCUGUUGACAUGCUGAGGACCUCCGAGCUCUACUCUCCACAAAUGAGGGAUGACCCUAAAAUGCGUGUCGAAGAUCCAAUCGCUACGGACCUCAUUGGAGCUUUACUGUCGAGGGAGCAAGUGAAUACAAACUUAUAUUAUAUGCAGGGACCGACCAACACGUUGUCGUCGCGUCGAAGCAGCAAUGACUCCACCGUCGUCAGGUCGCAGACCAACAGGAGCAAUAUCAAGCACAAGACGACAGGCCAGCUCCGAGAGCUAUUAGAUACUGCUUUAAGCUGGGACUUUGAGAUCUUCAAGCUAGAGGAACUGACCCGUGGAAGGCCACUGGCUCACCUUGGUCUGGCUCUCAUGGGAGGAAGGUUCGAUAUCUGCGCAGCGCUGGAGUGCGACGAGCGUACUCUACUGCACUGGCUCACUAUCGUGGAGACCAACUACCACGCUGUCAAUACUUAUCAUAACUCUACACACGCUGCUGAUGUGCUUCAGGCUGUAGCGUACUUCCUGGAGAAGGACCGCCUGAAGACAGUGCUGGAGCCGCUGGAGGCGGCGGCGGCGCUGGUGGCGGCGGCGGCGCACGACGUGGACCACCCCGGCACGUCGUCCGCCUUCCUGUGCAACGCGCGCCACCCGCUCGCCGUGCUCUACAACGACGUCAGCGUGCUCGAGUCGCACCACGCCGCACUCACCUUCAAGCUCACUCUUAAUGAUGACCGAGUAAACAUCUUCAAGAACUUGGAACGCGACACGUACAAGCAGGUCCGGCACAAUGUGAUCGACAUGAUCCUCGCGACGGAGAUGACGAAGCACUUCGAACAUCUCGCUAAGUUCGUCAACGUCUUCUACGCCAAGUCCAGCGGCAGCAAGGAGGAUAAUAUGCAUACUGAUCAAGAGCCACUAGCUUUGGACACGACAGCGCUGUCACUGCCAGAGAACGUGGUGUUGGUGAAGAGGAUGAUGAUCAAAUGCGCGGACGUAUCCAACGCGUCAAGACCGCAGAAGUUCGCUUUCGAGUGGGCUAGGAGGAUCGCGGAAGAAUACUUCCUUCAAACGGACGAGGAGAAGGCGAAGGACCUGCCGGUAGUGAUGCCGAUGUUCGACCGCGCCACCUGCUCUAUACCGCGGUCGCAGAUAGGGUUCAUUGACUACAUCAUCAUGGACAUGAUGGAGGCCUGGGCUGGGUUCAUCGACAUGCCAGAGCUAGUGAACCACGCCCGACAGAACCACGCACGUUGGCACGAGCUGGACGACGCCGGCGUCACCACACUCGCCGACGUGCGCCGCGCACAGAGACAUCUCGCACUGCCCGCCCCCGCCCCCGCCACCACC